CAACCGGCUUUUCUCUCCCGUCCUGCGCCCAGGCUCUGCUGUAGCUAAAGGGGGUCUAACAUCACUGUGGACCAGUAUGGCGAACGCCGUGGACACCAAACUGUACGACAUUCUCGGGGUUUCUCCAUCAGCAUCCGAGAAUGAACUGAAAAAGGCAUAUCGAAAACUAGCGAAGGAAUAUCACCCAGACAAGAAUCCCAACGCAGGAGAUAAGUUUAAGGAGAUCAGUUUUGCCUACGAGGUGCUGUCCGACCCGGAGAAGAAGGAGCUGUACGAUCGCUAUGGCGAGCAGGGUCUGCGUGAGGGUGGCGGCGGGGGCGCCGGCAUGGAGGAUAUCUUCUCCCACAUCUUUGGAGGGGGCCUAUUCGGCUUCAUGGGGGGCCAGGGGGGGCCGGGGCGCAGCCGAAACGGAGGCAGGAGGAGGGGCGAGGACAUGGUGCACCCGCUCAGGGUGUCACUGGAGGAUCUUUAUAACGGCAAGACUACAAAACUUCAGCUGAGCAAGAAUGUCCUCUGUGCCGCCUGUAGCGGGCAGGGCGGCAAGCCUGGUGCGGUGCAGAAGUGCACGGCAUGUCGUGGGAGAGGUGUGAGAGUGAUGAUCAGACAGCUGGCCCCUGGGAUGGUGCAACAGAUGCAGUCAGUCUGUUCCGACUGCAAUGGAGAAGGUGAGGUGAUCAGUGAAAAGGAUCGCUGCAGGGAGUGUGAGGGGAGGCGUGUGAUUAAGGAGGUGAAGAUGCUGGAGGUCCAUGUUGAUAAGGGCAUGAGACACGGCCAGAAGAUCACCUUCGGUGGAGAGGCUGACCAGGCGCCCAACACCGAACCUGGAGACAUAGUACUCAUCCUGCAGGAGACGGACCACGAGGACUACCGUCGGGAUGGCAACGACCUUUAUGUGACCCGGCGCAUCGGGCUGGUGGAGGCUCUGUGUGGCUUCCAGCUGCAGCUGGUGCACCUGGACGCACGGCAGCUCCUUGUCAAACACACCGCCGGAAACGUCAUCGAGCCUGGCUGUGUUAAGGUGGUCAAGGGGGAGGGGAUGCCUCACUACAGAAAUCCAUUCGAAAAAGGAGAUCUGUUCAUCAAAUUUGAUGUGCAAUUCCCAGAAAGCGGCUGGAUUGGUCCUGAGAAGCUGAUGGAAUUGGAAGACCUACUUCCAGAGCGUGAGAAGGAUGAGAAUAUCACAGCGGAUGCAGAGGAGGCUGAGCUUGAAGAUUAUGACCCAGGUCAAAGUUCAUGUGGGGGUCACAGACGUGAGGCAUACAAUGACAGCUCCGACGAAGAGGGGGGGCCACAUGGGCCGGGGGUGCAGUGUGCACAUCAGUAACAUCCCCAUAAAACAGACACACAUACACACACACACACAGACACACACAAACACAGGAUUUAACCUCCCACCCUCUAGAAAACAAACAAAAAAAACAAGCAGACACCUAUUAACAGACUCACACAGAAACAUAAACAUGCCUAUUCUAUCUGAAAAAAAAAAGACAGUGUCACACACACACACACACACACACACACACACACACACACACACAAUACACACACACACACCCUUCCCCCCACACACACCAUGGGGAAAUCUGUUGACUUUGAUGCAUAUGUACAUACUCCUAAAUAUUUACUGAUGAAACUACUGGAACGAUGACGUGAUCUGACCCAAAAUACGCACAUAGAGUCAGAGCUGAGGGGCUCUAGUCCAUAGGCACCUCGCUCUACAUAUUUACCGUUCAACUUCAGGAAGAGUUAGGUAUGGCAUCUCAUCUAAGUAAUGUAUAUGUUACAGUACAGAAACAAAAGAAUGUCUGUGAUUUUGUUUGUUUGUUUGUUUGUUUGUUUUUUUUAUUUUGUUCAACACACCAUUUAAUUUGUAAAGAAGCCGCUGACCUGGUCCUGCCAGACACCUGAAAUAAGCAGACCAGGGAGAGUUGGGACAGAUGUACUUCAGUUCAACCUUGAAUGCGUUUCUCGCAUGUACAAAGAAACAUAUAGACACACACUUACAUGACUAGUUUUGUUUCAAUGUGUCUGUGGUGGAGCGUUUGGUUGAAGCCAACAUUUAACUGAAUCAGUGUGAGCCUCAUUGCAGAACUGAGGACUUCUAAUCAAUUUUGGUAUGUGUGAGAUAUUUAUUUAUUUCUGUGAAAGUUUAAGUGAAUUAAAAAAAAUGUUCAAAUCUGAAA